AUGAAGCAACGACUGCACGNNGCAACAUCUUUCUGCAAAUGUACAUGCUUCAGCAACAGCACAAUCAUUCCCUUGACAGAUAUUCCCGGCGAAAGCACCGCCAAGAAAGCAACUUGCAACGAUUGUAACAGGCAAUUUUGUCUCUCGUAUAACCUGCCCAUAUGCAAGGAUGCAAAGGAUGCCGAUGUCUUUACCACUUGCUUUCAGCGAGACUCCACCAAAGAUCAGAUGAUAGUCUAUACUUUCAUCCUUGUCACUUGCGGGUUGCUGAUCUGGGCCACUAUUAAACCCUAUGCUGAGACCUAUCUUGAGGUGUGUAACCCGCCUGGCAAUCCAUGUAUUCCAAUGCUGAUCAGGUUCAGANAAUUCCGGAAUCGACAUAGCUACAAUCCUGUGGCGCAGAAUGGCAACUGA